GAUGUUGCAUACCCAGAGCAUUCAGCUGUAGUAAGUUAUGCCAGUGAAGAACAGCAGCUGUCUUGUUUCACUCCUACUAGGUAAAGCUGCGUGUGGCCCUGGAUCAGGACACUUUGGGGCACCCCUACAUUAAAGCUAGGGGCAGUCCAGGUUACCUGGCACUGCCAAGGCAAUUGCAAGUCCAUGACUGCAGCACUGGGAAGAUGCUUUGGAACUGCAAGGUCAUGGGAAGGGAGAAGAAUGCCUGGCCUUCUUUUUAAUGAGGUUUCUGAAGGGUAGGAAAGAUCUAUGUUGUAAAACCACAUCUCACCUGAGAAGCAGAAUGUUUCCCAGAGACUCUGUGAUGCACUGUAGAGCCAAUACAAAUAUACACUAAUGUCUGCUGAAUUUUACCCUCGGGGCUAUGCUAUCCCCCUGAAGAUGGAGAUAAGCUUUUGCCAGGCUCAUUAGUAGGUAAAUCUGUUCAUUGUGAAAGGAUACAUCAAGGAUUCAGGAGGGCUGUUGGGGUUAAUUAAAAACGUUUUUAACUGAAUAACUGAGUAUGAGUGAUGAGUCACCAGGGCAGAUCACACUGCAAAAUUUGUUUUCUUUCCUAUGCUAUUUGCUAUGGCUUAAAGAAGCUGUGUGCAAUCAGUUUGCUCCCCACAAUGGCUCCACCUUCUUUCCUUACGUCUGCUCUGGUAUUGGGAAGCUUAUGAGUGCUGCGUAACAACUCACUGCCACCACCAUCACCUGCUGAUUCCUCUUGGAGUAUCACAGCCCCCUGCACAAAGAAGCUGCUGUAAAAACCUGCAGCGAGAAUCCUUGUGAUUUGUCUGUUAAAGAAACCAGCAAAGCAGAUAAAGCAGUGGGCACCAGAGCAGGAUCUACUUUCAAUGCAUCUUAAUCAUCCACGCGCACAGGAAAGGUGUGCAUCACAUAAAUGUCAUCAAGCAGUUGUGGGGAUGGGGUUUCCAGCAGCAGGUGAGCUAUAAGAGAUGCAUUGAAGAGUGUCAAGGACUGGCAAAGCAUGGCCCCCAGGGCUGGCAGCUAACAUGGGUCUACCAACUCCAGUGACACAGGUAUCUAGUACUGUUUUGGAUCUUGUUUUAAGAGCAGUUUGCUUCAUGCCUUCCCUUGCACACAGGAAACAUGGGCAAUGUGCAUCCACCAUGUUUUUAUCAUUCAGACAUAUGCCCAAGGGAACUUUUACUUGGAUGACUACACUUUGAACAGCAUUGCUUUUCUCAUUUGCACGUGUGCAACAGACACAGUGCCUGCAGGUAAGGGCGUCCCUAAGAAACAGCAAGGCAUUGUUCAAAAAGUCAAAGUCAUGUCUAAACACGGGAAGUGGAAAGGACCUGUAACUUUGGCAGAUUAAUCUGAACAGGCAGUAAAGCAGGCCAAGAAAUAUAUUGAGAAACAACUUAAAAGGCAAUGACAAUCUCUGAAAAACACUGGAAAGACUGUAGGAAUCAUAAGAUUAUCAAAGCUGAGACAAGAUCAGGCUAGAAAAAGAAGAAAAAAAAAAGAAUAAAAAGUGCUGCCUGCGACUUCUCUGCUUAGAAGCAGAGGGGAGCCAAUAUCAGAUGUCUUCUUGCUGAGGAUGUGUCUCUAGAGGACUCAUCCAAAACUGAUGGGUGAGAAGAUGUUAUAUAGCAAAGUAACUGAGUAACAGCAAGCCUUCCAGCUUGGGUGGUAUUUGCUCAAGUGUCAAGAGGAAACUUAAGAAAAAGUUAAACCAGGCAUUGUGGAGUGCCAUUUUGUUGUUGUUGUUGUUUCAAAUCAUCUUGUUGUCCAAAAUUUAGGGAGGUCCCAAGUGGGAAUGUGAGGAGCUUCUGACAUCUGUAGCUUGACACCUUUUCUGGUCAGAUUGGUUAAAAUAUCAUGAGUAAUGGAAUUAUAGGAAACGUGUAUGAACAUGACAUUAUGGCAAAAAAUCCUCCUGGUUCGUGUAUGAGGAGAUCAUGUCUUUACUGGAGUUAUCCCAAAGUGUCAGUGAACACAGGCACAGGAGAAACCCUGUUGAUAGUGCGUGGCUUUGCAGAGGCAUUUGGAAAGAUCUCUCACCAGAGAUUUAAUGAAAUCCACCCCAGGUUACCAUGAGAGACCAACAAAUUUUUUGCAAUUAUGAUUGUUAGAGAAGCCCCAUAAAUGGGGAGCUGAUUAAUAGGUGAGAGCUUUGCAGCCUGGGAAGGAAAAGGUUGGUAUGAAGAGGGGGUGAGAUAGAUGCCCCUGCUGUUAUUGUCACUAGGAAGGGACUUCAGCUGUCUAUGCACUGAAGUAUAAUUGAAGACAGCCACCUCCUUGACACCCACUGAAUGACUUUCUUGUACUAGGACAUCUUACUCCACCUCUAAGCUCAUGGGCAGGUCAGAACAAGUGAUGCUAUUUCAACUAGUUUAAAGUCGUAGUCAUGGAUUGGAGUGAAAGGUGUGGAGUGUGAGUGACGAGCUGUGGGGCUGGGUGUCCCGGAGCGCUGGAGUCCUGGCUUGGGAGUGAGUUUUACGUCUCAGCUGUAUUUGUUUUUUGAAUCCCUGAGCCUCUGCUGUGCUCCCACAAUCUAGACCAGGAUGGGACUGUUAGAGGAGUUCUGGCACCACAAGUACUGGCUGCCACCUGGAGCUACCUGGGAAGACAUGAAGGAUUCUGCUGAUGUUCGCUACCCAAAACCUCAGGACCUCUUGCUCUGCAUCCCUGGUGCCCUGAUCCUGAUCAUUGUCCGAUACAUCUUUGAAAGAACCAUAGCUCUACCCCUGGGCAGGAGGCUGGGUGUGAGAAACAAGCCGAGGCGCAAAGCUCAGCCCAAUGCCACGCUGGAAGACUUCUACAAUCUGAUUGGCAGGACCCCAAAGGAGGAGGACCUGAUUUCUCUGGCCAAGCAAAAUGACCUCCCAGUUAAAAAAGUGGAGACCUGGUUCCGGCACCGGCGGGCCCAGGACCGUCCCAGACUGAUGAAGAAGUUCUGUGAGGCAAGCUGGAGAUUUAUAUUCUAUUUCACAUCAUUCUUCUCUGCGCUGGCUCUUCUGUAUGAUAAGCCUUGGUUUUGGGACCACACCGUGUGCUGGCUGAGCUUUCCACAGCAGCCUCUCCUGCCUGCACUGGGCUGGUUCUACCUGUUGGAGCUCUCUUUCUACUGCUCACUGGUUGCCACCCUGCCUUUUGAUGUGAAGAGGAAGGACUUCAAGGAACAGAUCAUCCACCACAUCGCCACCAUCACCCUGAUCUUUGUCUCCUAUUGUGCCAACCUUAUACGAUUUGGGAUGAUAGUCAUGCUGGUCCAUGAUGCCUCUGAUUAUAUUUUAGAGCUGGCCAAGAUGCUCCAUUACAUGAAAUGGAAGCGGGUCUGUGAAGCAGUCUUUGUUGUUUUUGCUGUGGUGUUCAUCAGUUCCCGGCUUGUCAUUUUCCCGUUAAUCACAUACUAUUACUUUGUGACAAAAUUUCAGAUGUUCCUCCUAAGCUGUCUGAUAAAUGCUUUCCUGAUGAUCCUGCAGUUGUUGCACAUUUUUUGGUCCUAUCUAAUCCUCCAGAUGGUCUUUGGUGUCAUCCUCCACGGUGCGAAAAGAAAAGACGCAAGAAGUGACACCGAGGAAAGCGACAGGAGUGAAGCAGAAGAUCUGACAAAGAGCAAAGAGUAAUGUGGGGCUCAUUGCAAAAUAAAAAAGCCAGACAGACUCUCAAAAGCAGGAAGGCAGAACAGGACCACGAGGGAGAGACCAGACAGGCUCACAGAUCCCUUUGCAGCGGUAUAUCUGAGGCAUCAUCCAACAUCUAGAAGAAAGAAAAUUUCAUCAUAGAGUUUCCAGGCAACAAGUAACUUCAGGAGAUGUUUUCUUCACCUCUCCUGUUGGGAACAUCACUUUACUAACACUCUAUCCAGAAAAAAAA